AAGGGGAAUACAGAAGAGGACGUGAAUUAAUGGAAUUCCUUAUUGAAGAUCCUUUUUCCAGUGACUAAGAAUCUCAAGAUGAAUGUCAAGAUGAUCCGACACAAAAUAUGACCGCCGCUCCUCAAGCUGAUUUUUCAGGGGCAGAAUUCCUAAGCCCACAAGUGUUUUACCAGCCACAGCCAGUGGUGGAAAUGGUUGCAGGAGAUUUGCAGUUCCAACAGCCACCACCACAACAACCACUACAGACACAGCCAGUACUAGUGGAGAGCAUGCAAGCUACUCCUGCUAAACCUGUGGAGUUUCCACCCCAAAACCCACAAAUUAAUCCUGCAUACCCGAGUGGGUUGAGGCACCAGCCUGUUCGUUACCCACCUCAAAGUCCACAAGUCUCUCCAGCCGAACAACAUCCUGGGACGUACCAUCGGCCGCCCAAUAUGCCUCCCAACUUCCCCCCUACUGUUGCACAGCCAACCUUUCAUCAAUAUUCCUCCCCAACACAGCCACCGGAAACACAAUUUCCUCAACAGAAUGGUCCACAAGGGACUUAUGUGGGCACGACCAUCCCACCUUUACCUUACCAACCUCCUAUUGGCACCAUGUCCGGGAUUCGGAUGCCGGGCCAACGUCCAGAGGGUUGGAGGACUGGCUUGUUUGAUUGCCUGGAAGAUCCAACGAAUGCUUGUGGAAUGAGUGCACUGCUUUAUGGAUUAUUGGCAUUCACUAUUGGGUUUCAGCGUAUAUUGUCGCGCAGAUAUCGCACCAAACUUAGAAACAAGUUUUCACUUGCUGAGUCCCCAGCACCAGAUUGGGUUAAGCAUUGCUUUUGUGAGCGUUGCGCUCUUUGUCAAGAAUACAGGGAGCUCCGACAAAGAGGUUGGGAUCCAGAGAUCGGUAAGAGCCAUUAAAAAAAAAAAAAAUUCGUAGUUUGCGUGCAGCGUGAGGAUAAUUAACCUGCGUAAAAUAAAUGUAGAAAUAUUUA